AUGCCAAAAGGAAAGAAACCCAAGAAAGCCCAUUGCUGUGUUGGAGGAUGUAAUAAUGAUGACCGGUAUCCUGAUAACUAUAAGUAUCACUCACAUGUGACAACUAUGGAGUUUUUCAAUUUUACCACAUCUGCUUCAAAACGAGUUAUAUGGAUAAGGAAUGUUCAAAAAGGUCGACUAGACUUUUUUGAUCCCAAACCUGGAACUUUCAUUUGUGCAAAUCAUUUUAAAGAUGGUAAGCCAACUCCUGAAAAUCCUCAUCCAACAGAAUUUAUGACAAAACUGUCAAAUGAACAUGGAAGCACACCAAAGAAAAAGAAAAAACCAGCUGAGAGGACAACUCCAGCUUCAGAGACAUUUCAAUCAGAAGAGGAGCUUUCUGAUCUGGAUUUCCAUUACUUAUCUGAAGGUUCUGAAUCAGAGCCUGAAACUGCACAUCCAGAUUUUACGUUUGAAAUUGUUGCGACAGAGGGAAUGGUCAGUUUUUAUACAGGACUUCCAGACUCGAGGACUUUUGAGUUGCUCUAUGAUUAUCUUAGACCAAAGGCAAAAAAUAUGAAUUACUGGAAAGGUGAAGCUCAGGUCCGAAAAGAGAGGCAAAGUAACAAUGCUGCCAGGUCUCUUGCAGCUAUGUUUGAUGAAUUUAAGAGAGCUGGUGAGGAGACACCCUCUGUAAAGAGAGGACCAAAGAGGAAGCUUCAGUUAGAAGAGGAACUUCUUUUGACUUUAAUGAGGCUCAGACUUGGACUUUUUGUUGAAGAUUUGGCCGUUAGAUUCAAGGUUUCUCAUUCCUUAGUCACUCAAAUUUUUUCUACCUGGGUUAGGUUUAUGUCACGAGAGCUAAACUGGAUGAUUAUGUGGCCAAGCAGAGGACAAAUUCAGUUGGAGCUUCCAGAGGCCUUUCGAAAAAUCUAUCCCAAAGUUCGGUGCAUUAUUGAUUGCACUGAAGUUUUUACAGAAACCCCAAGUGCUCUUGACAUCCAAGCUACACUCUGGUCUGAUUAUAAACAUCAUUCAACAAUGAAGUUUCUGGUUGCAGUCACUCCAAACGGAGCACCGUGCUAUGUGUCACCAUGCUACGGAGGAAGGGCAACUGAUAAAUUUAUUGUUAAAGACUGUGGUUUCUUAAAUUUUGUGGAACCAUAUGACCAGAUUAUGGCUGAUAGGGGUUUCAAGAUAAAAGAUGAACUGUUGAUGCGCAAUGCUUACCUUUGCAUUCCACCCAGUACCAAAGCUGGUUCACAAAUGGUCCCAAGAGAAGUACAGGAAACAUCUAGGAUAGCUAAUGUUAGGAUAUAUGUUGAGCAGGCAAUUGGGCGAUUGAAAAGGUUCAAUAUCCUCAAGAAUGAACUCCCAAUCAACUGUCUCCCAUUAUGUGAUGACUUAGUGCAAGUUGUUUGUGCACUUACAUGCUUACAAGACCCACCGUGUGUUUGA